AUGUCCAGCCCCAAUCCUCAACACUUCCGCGCCCUUGUGCUUCAUGGAGCUAAAGACCUCCGAUUAUCCGGCGAACUGCAAAUCGCCAUCCGUGUUACCGGCCUCUGUGGCUCGGACCUGCAUUACUAUCAGCAUGGGCGGAAUGGAGACUUUAUCAUGAGAGCCCCGCUUUGUUUAGGCCACGAAUCAGCGGGCACCAUUACCGCCGUCGGAACCGACGUGGAGGACUUCCAGGUCGGUGACCGCGUGGCUCUCGAGGUCGGUUUUCCAUGUACAAGCUGCGGUCUCUGCAUAGAAGGCCGUUACAAUAUCUGCCGCAGCCUGCGCUUCAGGAGCUCCGCAAAGACCUUCCCGCACCUGGACGGCACGCUGAUGGAACUGACAAACCACCCCUUCGAUAAAUGCCAUAAGCUUCCCGCUCACAUCAGCGACGUGCAGAGCGCGCUGAUUGAGCCGCUGGCGGUAUGUAUGCAUGCGAUACGCCGUUCGAACCCCCCCGAUGCGGAGUCUGUGGCCCGGGCGCUGUCCGCAACUCGAGUCCCCGAAGAAACGGCCGCACUGAUCUUUGGCGCAGGGGCCAUCGGCAUGCUCCUCACCGCUGCACUGGCUGCGACGCAGCAUUUCUCCACCCUCGUUGUCGCCGAUAUCGACGAAGCAAGACUGAGGAUCGCUGCGUCCCUCCCCUUCCCUCUGGAGAAGAUCCGCACAUAUCUACUCCCCAAACCAGCCUCGGAGGCCACCCCACAAGCAGAAGCAGAAGCGGACCUGGCUCAGCAGAUCCUAUCCGCGUUCUGCCUCCCCAAUGGUUUCAGUCGUACAUAUGACUGCACGGGCGUUGCUAGCUGCAUACGCAUGGGGAUCUAUGCUACUGGCCCGGGCGGAGCGGUCGUGCAGAUUGGAAUGGGCGGCGCGGCGCAGCCUAACAUACCCCUGUCGGCAGCAGCGCUGCGCGAAGUCGAUCUCAUUGGUGUAUUUCGGUAUGCUACUCGGGGGUAUCCGGAUGCAGUGGCCUUGAUGGGCAGCGAGAAAUUCCAGGGAGUGGCGGAGAAGGUAGCAACGCAUUUCGUGCGGUUCGAAGAAGGGGAUAGGGCAUUUGAGUUAGCAGCAAAGGGGGUGGAUGAGCAGGGGAAGCCAGUUGUUAAAGUUAUAGUUGUUUCCGGAACUAGGUUUGAGAGAUAG